UUUUCCAGGAAAAUGUCGUUUGUCUUCGGAAAAUGCUCAAACAUCCGUCACAUCGUACGGCUCCGCCACAUGAUCCGACGGUGGAGAAACAAAGCGCGCGAGUCGCUUGCCAAGAGACCAGUGCCAUCGGGACACGUGGUGAUCAUCGUGGGGUGCAGGUCCACGAGAUACGUGGUGCGCUUGACGUACCUGAACCAUCCCGUCUUCAACAACCUCCUCGUACAAGCCGCUGAAGAGUUCGGGUUCACGAACCAUGGUCCGCUAACCAUCCCCUGCGACGAGUCGGUUUUCGAGGAGGCACUCCGAUUUAUCUCCCAAACCGAACCGGUUCACUCAACCCGGUUUAAAACCGUCGAAGAUUCUUGCCACGUAAGCAUUCGGAGAGAGGUUAAUCCCUGGAGUGAAUCCCGGCCGUUGAUUCACGCGUCUUUUGAAAAAGCGAUGGGGUAACCGACGGGCUAAACCGGGUCAGCUCAAUCCGGUUAAAUGCGAACCGGUAAAUGUGCAUAAAUAAGAUCCGUACAUUAUUCUUUGUUAUAUAAGGGUUGAGUUUCUCCGAGUCGGCUCAGAGGAGAUGGCAGAUAACGUAGGGUGAGUUAGUGCACCGAGUCAUCCCGAACUCGGAUCGGAGAAACUUACAGAAUCUGUAUGCGAAUUCUUGGUUUUGAUGAUCUAAUAAAAUGCUGUCAAGAGCUU